CGGGAUUCCCGCCUGGAAUAAUCGUUUGAACACAUCAUGGUCAAGCGCGAGUUUGCAGCGAACCCGGAUAUCGACGUCGAUGCGCCUCGAGCGAAGCGCCACAGGGAAACAGUGGCAGAAACACCUGUGACUGACGAAGCUGACAUGCCUGAGAAGGAUGGGAGCAGCGAACGCGAGAACGAUAAUGACACAAAUGCCGCAGAGGUAGGGCCCGCGAUGAGCCCGGAGGAAGUGCGUGAAGAAGGCUUGAAGGUGCUGCAAGUGCUGAGAGACGCAGUGGACAGAGAAGGUCGACAGAUUUCGUAUGAUUUCCUGCGUCUGGUGUCAAAGAGACAAUUUCCGGACUACUACGAGAUCAUCAAGCAACCCAUAGCACUCGACGACAUCAAGGCUCAGCUCGAAAGCCAUGCUUACCCGUCUUUGGAGGCUUUGCGACAGGAUCUCGAUACCUGCUUCAAGAAUGCAAAGAGAUACAACCAGCGGGAGAGUCGCAUCUGGAAAGACGCAAAACAUCUGCAGAAACUCGCAAACAAGGAGAUAGACAAAAUUCUGCGAAGGGGCGAUGAGGAUGACGAUGGAUCCGAUAAAGAAGGUGGAAAGAAAAAAGAAAAAGGGACGAACAUUCACCGACUUAUGAAGAAUCGGUUGCAGAAGUUGUUGGGCAAGACAGAUGAAGCUGGCCGUCAACUUUCUCCUGCCUUUAUGGAUUUGCCUUCAAAGAAAAAAUGGGCAGUAUACUACAAGUUAAUCGCUCGGCCUAUCUGUAUUGAGGAUAUUUUCAAACGAAUAAAACGCAAAGGAUACACAACAAUCCAAGACUUCAUGAGUGAUGUCGACCUUGUUUUCUCAAACGCGUUACAGUUUAACGAGGAGCACUCGCUAAUUUGGGAAGAUGCGUUGACCUUGAAAACGUAUUUUCAUCAGAUUAUGAACGACCUUCCAGCCAAGUACAACAUGAACAGGGCGGACGAGUCUUCAGCAUCACCAGAAGUUUCUCACAACAGGAUUAAACUAAAACUUCCUGGUCAUCAGUCAGCGGCUCAUGCAAACAACACCGAUGCUGGACAAAACGGCGAAACGAGCUCAGGAACGAUGCGAAUCCGCGUUCCAGGUCUUGG